AUGACACACUUCAACAAGCUCAACAUCUACUCCAUCCUCAUCCUCUCUUUCGGCUCUUUCUUCUACGGCUAUGACUCCGGUCUCACCACGUCCAUCCUGGGAUAUCCCCAGUUCAUAUCCUAUUUCAACCUCACCUCCAACACCAUUGGAGCGUUGGGAUCCUGUUACUAUGCAGGCAGCUUCGUCGGUUCUUCGCUGAACUUCUGGCUCCCGGAUCGAUAUGGCCGAAAGCCCACCAUCUACAUCGCCUGCGUUGUCGCUAUAGUGGGUGCCAUCCUGCAGACUGCUGCCCAAAACAUGACAAUGCUUUUCGUCGGCCGUGUCAUUGGCGGUAUUGCUUCAGGCAUUAUCUUUGGCGUGUGCCCGAUGUUUAUGUCUGAGAUUUCGCCACCAGAGUUCCGAGGCAGAGUUGGAGGUCUUUAUAACUUGAACAUCAACCUAGGCUAUACACUGACCGAAUGGAUGGGUCUCGGAUUCAGUUAUAUCACCACUAAUCUCGCCUUCCGGUUGUUCCUGGGUCUGCAACACGUUCCGCCUGUUCUAAUGGCUGCGUGCACACCUCUGCUCCCGGAAUCCCCCCGAUUCCUCAUCAUGAGAGGGCGCUAUGACGAGGCUCUGCAGGUCAUUACGAGACUUCACGGCGCUCCCGGCCAGGACGACGACUUCUACAUCCGUGAAUUCAACCAGAUCAAGGCACAGCACGAGCUCGAAGUCCGCGAACGCGUGGGUCUCAGCACCAUUCUGCGCCGGCCCUCGUACCGCAAGCGAAUGUUCAUCGUGGUCUUCCAGUUCGCCUUUGCCAUGUUCACCGGUAUUAUCCCGCUCCAGAAUUAUCAGUUCAUCUUGUACACCUACCUCGGUGUGACCAACAAGAUGGCACUUGUCAUGGUCGGCGUCUGGGGCACUUGCGGUGUCAUCUUCUCCACCAUCGGUGCUCUGCUAUUCGACAAGCUUGGCCGCAGGAAGUCUUUGCUUAUAUCUCUUUGGGUCCAAUUCCUGGCGUCCAUCGCUAUGGUCAUCUUCUGGGCACGAUUCCAAGAUUCCAACAACACCAACCUGCUCCUGGGUCGCUUUACUGUUGGCUUCAUGUUCGUCUACCUUAUUGGAUACGCCUUUAUCAUGAACUCAUUCGGAUACACCUACCCGUCGGAAAUCAUGCCAACGCCCAUCCGAGCAGCAGGCAACGCCGUGGCCUUCUGCACCUUCAACGCCAUCACCAUCAUGUUGGUCCAAGUCACGCCGAUCGCCAUCGAGAAGAUCGCGUGGCGGUACUUCCUCAUCUUCAUCAUCUGCGACGCCAUCUUCAUCGUUGUCGUGUACCUAGUGUAUCCGGAGACGGUGGGCAAGACUCUGGAGGAAAUUGCCGCCCUGUUUGGCGACGAGGUCGCGGUCGACAUCCAGGAAGCGCACGAUUACCCGGAUGGCCUGGGUGGCGGGAUCAAGGAUGAGAAGAUUGCCACCGAGGUCACCGAGGCUGAAAGAGUCGAGGACAUUGAUAGGAAGCCCUUGUAG